CCCUCCCUCCGUGCGUCGUACGUAACCCGCUAAGCUCCACCCCCGGGCUGGCUCUCGCGUACCAGUUACGUAUUACCGUAAAAAAUAGAAACUUCCAAGAUGGCUGAGGCCGUGGACUCCAUGCAUUUCGCAGCAAACAGCAAAACAAAUUCACCUAAACCCCUGAUAGCUAAACGGCCGCCGGAGUGCCGACCGCAGUCUUCCAGCGACAUUUACCCGCCGCCCCCUAAGAAGGUCCGGGUGGAGGAGAAGGGCCUGAAGCACAGGAAACUGAACGGAGAGGUGUGCGCAGGGGAAAAACACAACGGGAAGCAGAGUUGUGGUAGCCCAGCGAAAUGGAGUUUCGGCCCGGCCAAGGCGAGCCACUCCACCGCCGCCGCGGUGCCAGUGACCCCCGCUCGGAAAAUCUUCAAAAUCAGCAACUUCCUCGCCUCGCCGCCGAAAAUGAAGAAGGCGAAAGAGAAACGAGUGAAGGAGAAGGAGAAACGCAGUGAGGCGCAGCGGAGCUCAGCCCUCAGUGUGGACAGACUGAGCCCUGCUAGCUGCCAUACAAAGACCGAGAACGGCGACAUGAAAAUGCUACAGAGAGAUCACCGUGUGAAGGAGAAGGAGAAGAAGAAGUCUAAAGAGUGGAAAAAUCACAGAACGCCACCUUUACAUGACAUUGCAAGAGAAAACGGAGAAGUGUUUUCUCCACAGGAAGAUUGUCAGGAGAAGCCCAAAGACGGUUCAGAGGACGACCUCCUGCUGAAGAAGCUCAAGAAGAAAAAGAAAAAGAAGCACAAAGACGGCGAGCGGAUGAAGGAGAGGCACAGUCGACCCAAAGUGUACCAUCGCUCAUGUCAAACAGUUUGUUCGGGAGUGUCCUUGGGUUUGCCUGACUUCCUCGGUCGAAUGAAUGGAAACAACAGCAGCAGCAGCAGUCUACUCCACGCUGCAGCGCCGCCACCGCCGCCGCCACAACACCAACAACAACAACAACAGGAUCUUGCCGCUACCUCUGCCUCCAUCACCUCCAUCGUCAGAGACAGACUCUGCUACAGCUCCCCGCUGCACUGCGUCCCAGAGCCGGGCCUUUCCGGUCUGGAGUUCGGCCGGCUGAUCCACAUCGAGCAGCAGGCCAACGGGGGCGCGUCUGUGGCGCACGCCUACACCGAUCAGCUCUCCUGCCUGUCCCCCGCCGAGAUGCAGCGUUUCGCCCAGGAGUUUGUAACGCUGUCGUUCAGCGAGGAUAACGCCCAGGCCGCGUGUUUUGUGAUGGGGAUUAUACACGGAGCUGCUUCCUACCUCCCAGACUUCCUGGACUACUUCUCCUACAAGUUCCCCAACGCGCCAGUAAAGAUGGAGGUGCUCGGGAAGAAGGACAUCGAGACGACAACCAUGGUCAACUUCUACUCUCAGGUGAAGCGGACAUAUUCCCAGGGAACGUACCGCGCCGGGGCCAUGCGGCAGGUCAGUCUGGUCGGGGCUGUGGACGAAGAGGUCGGGGACUACUUUCCCGAGUUCAUAAACAUGUUGGAGGAUUCUCCCUUUCUAGAGCGGACUUUGCCCUGGGGCACGUUCUCCAGUCUGCGGCUGCAGAGCCCCACUGAGAGCGAUGACGGCCCCAUCAUGUGGGUCAGACCCGGAGAGCAGAUGAUCCCUAUGGCAGACAUGCCGAAAUCACCCUUCAAGAGGAAAAGGUCCACCAAUGAGAUAAAGAACCUGCAGUAUUUACCCAGAGCCAGCGAGCCCCGGGAGAUGCUGUUUGAGGAUCGGACAAGAGCCCAUGCUGACCAUAUUGGUCAGGGGUUUGAGAGACAGACUACUGCUGCUGUGGGCGUGCUGAAGGCUGUGCGCUGCGGAGAGGACAGCGACGCUCCUGCCCGGAUCACCAAAGAUGUCGUGUGUUUCCACGCCGGAGAUUUUCCAGAUGUGGUCAUGAGGCUGCAGCUGGACCUCCAUGAACCUCCCCUGUCCCAGUGCGUGCAGUGGAUUGACGAUGCCAAGCUGAACCAGCUGAGGAGGGAGGGGAUCCGAUACGCUCGGAUACAACUCUACCACGAUGACAUCUACUUCAUCCCCAGAGGAGUCGUCCACCAGUUCAAAACCGUGUCCGCCGUCUGCAGUCUGGCCUGGCACAUCAGACUCCAACAGUAUCACCAGCAUGAAGAGAAGGAGGAGGACCAGUGUGCACCCAGAGAAGAACCACUUCAUAUCAAAGAGGAGGAAGAGGAGGAGGAGGAGGAGGAGGAGGAAGAUGAUGAUGAUAAGGAGGUAGAGGAGGUGGCAUGCGACCCAGUUGUUGAUACAGUGACAAAAAAGGAAGAGAUGUACGCUGAGGAAAGAGAGGGAGCUCACACGCUGAUUUUUACAAAAGAAGAGCAGGAGAACGCCGAGCCGAAGGAAGUGUCAACAACACUGUCUCUACCUUCCAUUAAACAGGAGAGCGAUGAAGAUGUAGUCACUCGUACACUAACGGAGCCUAACGCUGAGGAAGAUGAGAACGGGGAGUGUAAGGGAGGGGGGGAUGAAGGUGCAGAGACGCUGCAGGAGGAGGAGGCUGGAGUGGACAGUGCAGCCGUAAAGACACUACAAGUGAGGAAGGAGAACGACCUGGAGGAAGAGAGGCAGCUGAAGACGACGACACCGGGUCAAGGUCUGAAAGAGAAAACUAAAGAUAGCAUAGGUAGCACUUACAACACGCAUCAAAUCAAAAAGGAAAAAGAUAAAGUAAAGAGGGAUAAAGAUGAGAAGGAGAGGGUGAAAGAGAAGAAGGACAAGGAGAGAAGUAAAGAGAAGGACAGGGAUAAAAAGGACAAGGGGAAAGACAGGGACAAGGUGAGAGAGCAGGAGAGAUUUAAGACCGAGGGAGGCGCGUCGACGCAGCCGAGCAGAAAAAAAGAGGAAGACGAGCGGACGAAAGAGGGCGGCAAAGCCUCUCAGACGUCCCUGCACGCGCACAGAGACGAGAAGUGGGCCUCGAAGGAGUGGGACUCGAAGACGCAGCCCCACGUCAAGAGAGAGAAGGAGCACGCGGGGAGCGAUAAAGACGGGAAGGGAGCGUCUCACAGAGAGGAGGCUCGAGACGCGAGCUCGCAUAAACACAAGUCGUCUCACGGGAAGAAGGAGAAGAGCGGGCAGAGAGAGGGCAACGCGUCGGGCGCGGCGCAGGCAAAGUCGGGGAGAGACGACGGGAAGGCGGUAGCUCAAAAACCUCUGAGCGUUCAGGUUAAGAAGGAAGGAAAGAAGGAGAAAGACGUGAACAGUAAAGAGGAGAGGAAGAAGCCCGCCGCCGCCGCCCCGCCGCCAGAACACAAGCAGCCGCGGACGCUCAUCACCUUCGACCUCUUUAAGCCCAUGGAGGCUCACCAGACUCUGGCCCUUUCCUUCACAGACAGUCGACCUAAGAGCCACCAUCAUCACGGUGACUCUCGAGGCUCCUCCUCAAAGCCCGGCUCUGACUCUCGGACACUUGUGCCCUCGAAAGGACCAAAAGUAAAGGACUCCACGCAGGGGAAACCCGCCACGCCCUUACAGGACACGAGGCCGCAGCAGCACUCAUUAAAACAGCCCCUUAAAACACACACGCCCCAAACACAGAAAGACUUCUUAAUAUGAAUGUCUAAGUCUUCUUUUUAUUUACUGUACAACUUUGCGCAGAGGCUUCGUUAAAGUACUUGAAGAUGCAUCCUCGCUUCAGACUUCAACUGGUCUUUUUUUUUAAUUUGUAAUAAUUGACGAGCGGGUGCAUUCCAUUACUUUGCUGACACACUUAAAGGCUUUAUAUGUGAUUUUUUGAUCCAGCAGAUGUCGCCCUUGAGCACCAGCAUGAAACUAAAACAACUUGCGCUGCGUUGUUGUGUUAGCAUGCUAAUACUAGUGAUCUUUAUUCUGCUCGUAUCUUCACACUGCAUGUAAAUUUACCUGAAAUGAGCGUGAUCUAGAAACACAGUUAAGCAGUGAGUAUGUAGAAAUCAAGUAUCUCCUCUGAAAAUAACUCUGUGAGUCAUGACUGUCUACAAUGGGUGUAACACCCGAGUCCCACUGUCUGUGAUGUUUUCAGAGUUUUCAGAGUCCUAUCUUCACUUUGUUUACAUCGCCCGGACGGCCGGCUGACUCCUCCCCUCGAGUAUAAAAGUUGUUUAAUUGAGGGACUAGAGAAAAGAAGAAUAACAUACUGUACUCACUGCUUAACUGUGUUUCUAGAUCACGCUCAUUUCAGGUAAAUUUACAUGCAGUGUGAAGAUACGAGCAUAAUAAAGAUCGCUAGCAUUAGCAUGCUAACACAACAAUGCAGCGCCAGUUGUUUUGGUUUCAUGCUGGCAUAUAAAGCCUUUAAGUCCAGUGACGCAGGGAAAAAGAGGAUGCACUCUCCAAGUAUUUUAUCAGUGCCUAAGAAUGUAAGCUAAGUAGCUCACUUCACGUUUGUUAGCGAAUGUAAUGUAGGCUCUAUAUAAAAAUGUUAUGUGACCCCAUGUGUCAGUGCCUGUGCACUACUUAGCUUCUCUCUUGGAAGAAUCCUAUUUUAGGUACUGGACUAACCGAUCUGAAAACAACCAAUCCUUGCUACCUGCGAUAGGAAAUUUUUACGUUCACUGUAUCCGACAUUUCAGCACGUCACCGGGGCUGAUUCUGAAAUGCUCUUUGCCGUUUUUUGCUUUACUCGAUGGGAGUUUGUUGUUUAUAACACUCCAAAAAAUCUUGGCAAAAAAAAGUAGUUGUUUUCAGACUGGAAGUGGUUUGACUCACACAGGGCUGUAAAUGAUACUGUAUGUACCAAAACUGUACAGUAUAGAUGUUAUUAGCACCAAUGUGAGAAAAUGUAUACAGAAAUUUGCAUAUAUUUUUUGUAAGACAAGUUUUAUUUUCCAUAGAACUUAUUUAUAUCAUUUACCGUCUGUUUUUAUUUGAAACCAAUGUAUGUGAAAAAAAAUUGUUGUAAAUACAUUUUAUUUCUUAAGAUAAGACUUGGUAGUGUGAUUUAUACUCUUGAUCAGAACCUCUCAAUAAAUGGUUCAAAAAUA